AUGGGUGAGGUAUCAAUAUCCCAAGGACACCUGGACGAUGCACUUGCAUUCUACCAAGAGUCGCCCGAUAUCAGUAUUAAUAUCGGUGGCACUCUCGAACGAGGUGACAUUGGACAGAUCCUGAGCAAUGAGUUUGGAUGGAUUCACUUUCUUCAAUCUGACUUUCCCAAAGUACUCGAAUACCACACAGAGGCCCUCGAUAUUGUUACUCGUAUCUCAAACGACUCAACAGGAGCUCAAGAGGCCGAAUCCCAAAUUGGCUGCGGUGCAGACCUGAUCCAACUCGGGCGACUCGACGAUGCCCAAUCCAAACUCGAGAAAUCACUCGAGCUUCUCAGAACCAUCCACUCCACGACCGAUAAUGCCUCGGUAGCCCAUGCACUGUGUUGGUUGGGUGACCUUCGUCGACUCCAAGGAAACGGCGACGAUGCCCUCAUCCUCUACAGGGAUGCCAUGGAUAUGGUGAAGCGACUUCGACAGCCUUCAAACCCCAUGAUCAUUCCUCAAGCUCUCCAUGGCAUUGCAACCAUUCAAAGAUCCAGGAAGCAGUUUGAUGCUGCUCGGGAUUCCACAACCAAAGCCAUUGAUAUCCUUCUCGAGCGUGCUCCCGAUCAUCCAUACCUUCAGCAAAUGAAAUACUUCUCUAUCGAACUGGACAAGGGGAUUGAAUCAAGUGACAGCUUGAGCUAGUGUUAGUUGUUAGGAAGAUGUGGAUCGGCAUAGCACGGUGACGAUCGAGCAGUGUUGUCGCUCCACCGACUUGAAUACAUCAGUCGCCACUUCCUCCCAUUCGUCGAGCAUGCAAUCACUAUGGACAGAGAAUCGCCGGGUCAGCCAUAACUAUGACUACUCCCAAGCGCCUCAAGUCCGUCGACCAGCUUCAUCAAUGGCGGUCAACAUUCUCAAGUCUCGACGAGUGGGCUUGAAGUUUGAAUCGUUGCUUCCUGCCCGUAUCUCAACAGCGACCAAGUCACGACAGGGAAUAUGCAAGCUUGCAACAUCAAUGGAUGGGAGUUGGUCGGCGACACUCUCUGGCAUUCAAGACAACCGACUCAGCGGCUCGUCCGCCUCUUUGACCUAAUACAUCCGGCUCGUCCUGGUGAACACCAACAUGAGUUCAGCCCCCCCCCAUAGAAACGCUCAAUCAAACAUGAAAUGUUCCCACACCUGAAUCACCAAUCCGUC